CCACGCGGACACGGGGAGAACAUGCAAACUCCGCACAGAAAGGUCCUCGCCGGCCACGGGGCUCGAACCCGGACCUUCUUGCUGUGAGGCAACAGCGCUUGUGAAACAGUGUAUGCGGGCCAACUUGAAAAAAAAAAUGCUGCAUGAUUAUUCCAAGAACAUCCCCUGUUGUAAUCACUAUUUUUUUCAGGCUCUCAGUGGCUUUCAGUUCUCACUUGUAGUUACUGAAUCAGCGAGCUAAUUAUAUACAGAGAAACAAAACUACUGUGUGUAGUUCUUACCGAAGACACAAUGAAGACGCUGUACUUGUUCAUGCUCACGCUGUCAGGUGUUCUCACUCAGGACGGUGGUUGGUCUGUGAAAUAUCCUGAUAAUCUGAUCUGUGCUGUGAGAGGAUUCAGUGUCUCCAUUCCCUGCAGUUAUUAUUAUGAUCCAACAUCAAAUCCCAAUAUUCAGGUGACACAAAAGCUUUGGUGCUCGAUGAACUCAAACACAGAUGUUUGUUUAAGCCCUCCGUAUGUUUAUAACAGCUCAUCAAACACCAACUCAGACUUUGAGUACGCUGGAGACGACAAAUCAAACUGCACUUUAUUAAUCCACAAUCUACAGUUCAGUUAUUCUGGAGAGUACAGAUUCAGAUUUAUAACUGAUAAUCCUGAUGACAGAUGGACAGGUGUUCCUGGAGCGACUCUACAAGUUGCAGAUUUAAAGGUGUCACUAAUCAGGCUCAGUGCAACCGGGACCCUUAAACAAGGAAACUCGUUAAAUCUGACGUGUGAUGUGAACUGCACACACAGUUCCUCACAGUUCAUGUGGUCUAAGAACAACGAGCUCUUACCUGAAUCAGGACCCGUUCUUCACUUUCCUGCUCUAACCGUGAGGGAUUCUGGGAAUUACACCUGCACUUGGAAAACCAACGAGGCCUCAGGAUCUGAAACGAUCAGCCUUCACGUCGAGGGUGCAGCUCAUUGGACCUGGAUCAUCGUUCUGGUGAUCGUUUUCGUGAUUUUGGUGAUUGUGGCAGUAGUGAUUUCACACAGGAGGAAGAGAGGAGAAGCUCAAGAAGAAAACAGUGGGAUAAGUGCAGAGAAAUUACAGGUUGGAAAAAACACAAAUGAUAAAGAGACAAAGCCACAGCUAGACUAUGUUCCUCAAGCAGAUGAUGAAACAUCGCAAAAGGAGGAAGUGACUUAUGUGACUGUGUGUAUCAAAGACAAGAAACUAAACCAAGGGAAUGUCCACACUGCGAAACAGAAGGAGGAUGACAGUGUUAUUUACAGCACAGUCAUAAAAACCUGAUCACAUGUUCAGCAGUGGGAAGUUAAAACAAAACACGUCAUCGAUUCCAUUUUAGAGUUAUUAAUACUGUAUCAUAUCAAGUGUAGGCAUAUCAGGUGAAAAUUCAAAUUCAAUCCAAAUCACUUGAAACUGCUCUCAUUGAAUCGAGAAUUGAAUGCAGAACAACAUACUUUUACAGAAUUAAAAUACGUUUAUAUGUUCUUGAGAGAUUACAAAUCAAAGAUUGGAAAAACGGCUUAAUUUUUAGAAAACGGCCGUAAUAUUCUGUAUGAGGAUCACAUGGUCCAAAAUGGGCCUCAUUAACCAAUGAGAUCAAAUGCUUUUUCUUAAUAACUUUUCUAUUUUUCAAGAUAUUUACAUGGAAAUUGGCAGGAACAUAGAAGGUUGUAUAUUGAAUACAAAGUUUGAAAAAUUAGUAAAAACAAAUCAUCAAUCAGAAAUCAUCGAAACUGAUCAGAAGAGAGAGAGAGAGCCUGACUGCUUUCCCGUGACUCAAAAAGAAAAGCACCAGCAGUUUCCCGACGUCCCGUGAGCAGAGUUUUUACUCUGUUGUACCGACUUCAACCUACUGUUACUCCCAAAGUACUGAACAGAUCUUAACCAGAUCCAUUUCUUUGGAAAUCAGAGAUUAUAAGCUUUUUAAUGAGAGUAUUCAUGAUAGAAAAUAUUCAAGAGUUAAGCAAUGACACAUUUGGAAACUCAGAUGAGUGUCUGGAUGGACAAUUUUUACACCGUGGCCAGCGAGUGUCUGAUACUCCGAUCAAGUGUCCAGUUAUUUGCUUGAAACACACGAUUGGAUCAGAAAUUGACGUUAAAGUUGAAUUUGUUCUAAGAAUCAUGCCAGGUAUUUUUUUUCUUUGAUAAUUAUAGUGUUUUGGUCAACAGACUUUUUUUUCAUUCACUGAUCUUCAGUAAACACUUUAUCCUGGUCAGGCUCAUGGUGGAUCCAGGGUCUAUCCUGGGAAUACUGGGAGCAGGGUGGGAAUAAAUUCACUCUGGAUGGGAUGAUGGUCCAUCACAAGGCACCAUGGACACACUGGUUCACAAAUAAGAGUAAGUUAGUAGUAUAGCCAGUCUUCCUCUGGGUAUGUUUUUCAGAAAGUGGGAGGAAACUGGAGAACCUGGAGGAAACCCAGACACAGCGAGAUUAUGCUGCCUUGUUUUCUAAAGAUUUAUAAAGUUUGAUGCUCUGUGAUUUGUUAAUGCAGGUGAAAAAAAUCCAGUGUCUAAAUUUAAAACAUUUCUUUCUUUCUUUCUUUCUUUCUUUCUUUCUUUCUUUCUUUCUUUCUUUCUCACCAUACAUUCUUUUUCUUUUUUCUUACCAUGUUCUUUCUUUCUUUCUUUCGAAAUCCAGAAUAUUUUAGUAUACAAGUAUGUUCAUGUGUGUAAAGCUGAUAAAUCUUUAGUAAAAUAAAUUUGUAAUUAUGCCUGAUGAUAAUGUACCGAUCCAGAGGAAAUCACUGAGUCACUGCUCUGAAUGUCAGUAACAGAGGUUAAAAAAGCUCUGAAGUUUGUCAAGAAACAGGAACUUUUAGACAAAAGUCUUUCAAAGAGCUGAAGAGUGUGUUUCUAAAAUUAAAUUGUUACUUCAAUUCAUAAGAUGUUUAAAGCAAAAUAUUGAUGUAAUUGUUGAACUUUAAUGUAUAGAAAUGCUUUCUUCUCAGAUUUCUCCACUUUAGCAUCAGUUAGCAUCAGUCAUGAUGCUCAUUUGGAUCAUUGCUAAAUUGUGCAAACUAUGUCUUGACUUUAAUCUAAAUAAAAGUUCUGUUCUUGCUGA